AUGGAUGGUGGCGGGGAAGAUGGCGGGAGUGUUAGCAUAAACGGUGGCGACAGUGAUGAAGAUGAUGAUGCGGGAAUGGUAGCAGGAAUGAUGAUGGGAAUGGCAGCGGGAAUGAUGACAGGUGGCCGGGCGCAAAAUGGACAGGGACCCAAAUCUGACAGCUGGAGUUUAAGAGAAAGCGGGGAUUUUGGUUCUCAGGCGUCUUUAGCUUCACUGAAUUACCAGCACACAUGUCCCAACCCCAAGUCCCAGUUCGCACAGCAGGUGAAUGCUGGUUAUGAAAUACCAGCUCGUCUUCGUACUUUGCACAAUCUAGUAAUCCAAUAUGCCUCACAGGGACGCUACGAGGUGGCAGUUCCUCUGUGCAAACAAGCACUGGAGGACCUUGAGAAGACCUCUGGACAUGACCAUCCUGAUGUGGCAACUAUGCUCAAUAUCCUGGCUCUUGUCUACAGGGACCAGAAUAAAUACAAAGAGGCAGCGAGAAAACCUGCGCUCGCCAUCCGAGAGAAGACCUUGGGAGAGAACCACCCUGCAGUCGCAGCCACCCUAAAUAACCUAGCUGUGUUAUAUGGGAAGCGAGGCAAAUACAAGGAGGCCGAGCCUCUGUGCAAGAGAGCCCUGGAAAUCCGCGAAAAGGUGUUAGGCCGCCACGACCCUGAUGUGGCCAAGCAACUCAACAACUUAGCCUUACUUUGUCAGAACCAGAUCUCUCAGGAGGAGCGUAGAGGGGUGCCUAAGGAGGAGCUUCUCGUAAGUUUAUCAGAAUUGUAAAGUCUUGUCAAAAAAAAAAAAAAAAAAAAAAAAAAA